UUCUUGUAAUGUCUUGGAAAUAUCUUUUGUAUGUUAAAGCUUUUCAUUUAAUUUGUAUUUUAUAAAAACAAGAUAAUAUAAUAAGAAAUAUAAUAUAAAAAAAUAUCGAAUUUUCCUCAGCAAGAUUAUAAUGCUUUUAUUCAAAUCGUUAUACUGUCUUAGAUAUUAUUACAAAUUAUUCAAGAUAAUAAUACGAAAUAAAAAGAGUUAUCGACUUGAUUAGUUCUACAGCGUUAUACUUGAGUGAUUCAGACGCAUUACCUUAAUAUCCUUUGAAGAGAUCUCAUUACAUUUCGUUCUUGUUUUAUAAAAUAAGAGAAGAAUACAUAUAUAAGAAAUAAAGCUUUUCAAAUUAAUUUAUCUACUAUACAAAUAAACGUGAUUUAAUUUUCGACGAUCAAGAAAGACGAGGAAAUAGCCAUGAGAAAUUUAAUCCAAAGAUUUAGAAAAAAAGAAAAAGAUCGAAGUAUCCUUAAAAUUAACAUAACGAAGUAUGAGGGAUCAAAAAAUAUAAAUGAUGUCUUACGGCCGAUCUAUAUUCUAAGCAUCAUCUUUGGAUUACGUGUUUUUGGAUACCCUCGAAGCCAAUCAAGAACAACACUUAGUUUUCUUUAUUCGAUUUUACUUUACUGUAUACAUAACAUUUCAUGGUAUUAUACUGACAGACAACUUUAUAAUACAAAAGUGUUUGAUUUAAACGGAUUGAUAACUCAUUUUACAUAUAUCAUUAAUCUUAUGGUGAUAUUUAUUAUACCUACACUAGGAUUAUAUCACAGUCAGACGAAGAAAUUAUAUGCAAAAAGGAUAAAUGAGAUCGACAAAACGCUUCAAACGUUAGGCUCAUCGGCAUCUUUGAACAGUAUUUAUAAAAGAACGAUAAUGGAAAUAAUGAUCGCAAUCCUUUAUUUGUUCCUUUUCUGUACGGUAAUAAUUAUAGAUUGGAUUUUAAAAGAUCAAGAGAUUUAUAAAUCGAUCGUAAUGUAUUACGCAAUAUUUCUACAUGUAUACAGUUUCAUGGUCAAAUUUAUAUCGGUCUUUGAAUUCGUUACCAUUAUAAGGUGCCUCAAAUUGGAAUUUCAACGAGCAAACGAACUCCUUAGUGACAUUAACAUUCUACCGAUUUCUUCUAUUGCUUCUGAAUUAAUUGAACAUAAACAAGCUGAUGGUUCCUUUUUAAUUGAACGAUCUCUUCCUGUUGAUUCCAAGAAAUUAUUUACUGCUCUACCGUCAUUACGUCAAGCACAUUCACAAAUGCAAAUUGCAAGUCUCAGAAUAAAUAGAAGCAGAAUGUUGUUACGAACAAUUAGACAAGUUCACCUGGAAUUAUACAAAAUAUCGAAAAGUUUUAGUAAUAUAUACGGCAUACAGAUAUCCCUAGAAAUGGCAAUAUGUAUUUUGCUUAACACAUGUUUGUUAUAUUAUUUGUAUGGAAAGUACCAGGAAAAAAUAAUGGAUAUAACCAAACUGAUUUUUCAAUCUAUUAUAACAUUGUUGUUGUUUUUACAAUAUGCAAUAAAGAUUUUCGUCGUUAAUUACAUCUGUGAUAAAACAACGAAAGAGGCUGAACAUACCAAUGAGAUAAUUCACACAUUUUAUGGACAAACUACGGACUACGAGAUACAAAAAGAGGUAGAAAUAUUUUCUUUGCAAAUGAUGCAACGUCCUAUCGCAUAUUCUGCAUUUGGUUUAUUCAAUUUUAAUUGCAAAUACAUUUGUUCGUGUGUAGGUAUCAUAACAACAUAUAUCGUUAUCAUGAUCCAAGUAAACAAUUCAAGAAGAGAAUCAUAAAUUACUCUGAUAGUUCUUCAUUCUGUUCAUUAUACAAACGAUAAAAAUGUUAUUAUAAAAAUGUACAAAUAAUUUCUUAUAUGAAAUAAAA